GGCAAAGUUUUGGAGCUCGAUCAUACAUGCGUGUACGUACGUAGGUGUACAUCGCAGCAUACAGUAUCCGUACCAGUGCAAUGUCAAGUCGAUGUACCGUGGGAGCAUUUUGUUCAAGAAGUUCAUGGAACUAAACUCUAAAGGCAACAUUAUCAACUGCAGUCUUAUAAUGAAAUGAGAUUAAUGGUCAUAAUCUCCGGUUUCCUCACAAUGUAAUAUGGCUACCAGGGACGAGUUACUGUUCCGUUACUUUAAUCCGAUUCUAAGUCAAUAAAGCUCGCUUAGCUUCGGUUGUCUCCCAGCAACCCAACGCUUCAUGGUCUUAUGCCAGUGCUUCCCCACUACAAGAACGGUAUAAUCCGACGGCCUGCUAGCUGCUGUUGUAUUCGACCGACCCAAAUUUGUACUCGCUUUAUAAUAAAGCCUCCGAUCUGCCGCUAUUCGAAAUUAGUUUCAAUGUUGGUUAAAAUUGCAUGAACAACUGAUACAUGGAUGUAUACGCUCGAUUUACAAUGCAUCACGAUGAGUUUGCCUGAAAAUUCGAAGUAAAAAGACGUGAGACCCACUCCCAUUUUGUAUUAUUCCAUUCUGUGGAGCUGUGUGAAGCAGACGAGUUCGCUUCAACCAUGGGGAGUAAAAUGAAUGAGAUGUCACCAAGGCACUUUCCAGCCCAACCCAAUCAAUUUGAGCUUCAAUACAGACCUAAUGUAAUCAGCCAUCUGCCUCCCCUUAGUGCACAUCAGCCUGCAUUUAGUGAAAAGCCAAAGAUAGUCCAACCAGGAGCAUUCACGAGAGCUGCUCCAACCAAAGAAGUCAAACAUAGUCGCAGAGUCAGUGAUGCCAUCGCUAAUAACUAUACUCCAACCGCCCGCAAUCUAACAUCUUCGUACAUUUACGAGAUCCUACGCAGACACGAUCGUCCACAAAUUCGGAACGGUAGGAGGUCGCCAUCUCCCAACCACCGAGGCCCCUCCCCUUCACAUAGGAUGCCAUCACCUCAGCAUAGCCGAUCACAUCAUAUACAAUCUGCCAGUUUAGAUAGACAUUCAUCCGAUAAAUCUAACAGUCGUGGGACUCCUUCACCAAGAAAAAGUCCAAGAUCAUCACAUCAGUCCUAUGCUGAAUAUAAGAAGAGCAGAAGUCAGACAUCAUUGAACAACAAUGGUUCAACGCCUUUACCCACCGUCCAAAAAUCACCAUCUAAUGGUCCCUCAACUAAUAGGAGUCGUCUGCCCCCUAUUAUCACCCCUCCAGCAAGUCCAAGGGACCAUUCAGACAGUGCAGUCAAUGGACAUGAUAGGACUAGACCAUUCAGCAGUAGGGAGGGUAGACCUACAAGAGGGACGUCUAGUAGUGGUAGCGAUCCCAUGGUACCUGAUAGCGGUAAUGGAUCGUUGAAUGCAAUACAUUUGUCACCGACGCCAGUUAAUGAUGUUCCGACACUUAAUCUUCGGUCUGUGACAUACGCAAGCUCAGACAGUAGUCUUGAUGGCCUAGACCUUCCUCCAUGUAUGCGUGAAUAUGAUCUAGAGAUGGAAGCUGUGAUGAGUGUGCAGUUCCCAGGGUAUACCUACUCAACACAUGGGUUAUCAAGACCACCUACACCGGACCAGAAGGAUGUAGUCAGAUAUUAUGGUUUGAUCGAGGGCUCCAUAGAAGAUUCCUCUGUAGCACCGCUAGAUAAACAAUGGAUUAAAGAGAUGUACAACUUCCUACCUGCUAGACUCAAGACUGAACCUCUCAAGAAGUGUAUGAAAGAAGUCACAGAGGAAGCCAGAUCUGUGUAUACAGAGAGCAUCAAGAAGGGUAUCAUGGACUACAUCCUGCAAGACCCCGUGGAACAAGAGAGACUUGGUGUUCCCAUGCCAACCAAACAUUCUAACUCGGCCGGUAGAGAGUGGUAUCCCUGGAGUGAUGCAGUGGAUGAUGCAAGGGACUUCAUGGAGAACUAUCUCUACAUCACACAUCCUAUCAUGACUACUAUCCUCUAUAAGUGGGAGACCCAGUGA